UAGUAGUCGCUCAGCAGAGAGGAGAGAGGAAGAGGGAGAGGAGCAGAAGCGCUUGUCUGGUCCUGUUUGAACUCCUCCUCUUCUUUACUGCAGCCCCUCUAGGUGACACUAGGUGAGUCCAGGUUUACACUUUGACAGACCGAGCCUAUACCUUUUCUUUACAUCCAGGAAGAAGGAAAUGGAGUAAAAGUCAUGGACAGAGAAGGAGAACUCAGAAGAAGUUAGCGCCUCCAGUGAAGUCCCAUUUGUUGAAAGGAAAGAGGAGAGGAAGAAGAAGGAGGAAGAGGAUGGGGAUGGAUUUCAGCACUCUGCGGACCCUCAUCAGCAGAUAUUGUGUUGGUGAGGAGAACUGGGUGGACAGCAGGACCAUUUACAUCGGACACAAGGAGCCUCCUCCAGGAACAGAGGCCUUUAUACAGCAAAGAUUCCCCGACAACAGAAUAGUCUCCUCCAAGUACACGUUUUGGAACUUCGUCCCGAAGAAUAUGUUUGAGCAGUUCAGGAGAGUCGCCAACUUCUACUUUCUCAUCAUAUUUCUGGUUCAGUUGAUCAUCGACACUCCCACCAGUCCCAUCACCAGCGGGCUGCCGCUCUUCUUCGUCAUCACGGUCACCGCAAUUAAGCAGGGUUAUGAGGACUGGUUGAGACACAAAGCAGACAACUCUGUCAACCACUGUCCCGUCCACGUUGUGCAGCACGGGAAAGUAGUCCGCAAACAAAGUCGCAAGCUCAGGGUUGGAGAUGUCGUCUUGGUGAAAGAAAACGAGACUUUCCCCUGCGACCUCAUCCUCCUGUCCACGUCUCGAGAUGACGGGACCUGCUACGUUACUACAGCCAGUCUGGACGGAGAGAGCAGCCACAAGACAUACUUUGCAGUUCAGGACACCAAAGCUUACAACACAGAGAAGGAGGUGGACUCCAUCCACGCUACUAUAGAGUGUGAACAACCACAGCCGGACCUGUACAAGUUUGUAGGCCGUGUCAACGUCUACAUGGACAAUGAGCCAGUGGCCAGGCCGUUAGGAUCAGAGAACCUGCUGCUGCGAGGAGCCACGCUCAAGAACACUGCGCACAUCUAUGCGGUCGCCAUCUACACCGGCAUGGAAACCAAGAUGGCUCUCAACUACCAGACCAAGACUCAGAAACGCUCUGCAGUGGAAAAGUCAAUGAAUGCCUACCUGGUGGUCUACCUGUGCAUCCUCAUCGGCAAGGCCCUCAUCAACACGGUGCUGAAGUACGUGUGGCAGGCCGACCCCAACAGAGACGAGCCCUAUUACAACGACAGGACAGAAGCAGAGAAAGAGAGACACAUCGUGAUCAGGGCGUUCACAGACUUCUUGGCCUUCAUGGUUCUUUUCAACUACAUCAUCCCCGUCUCCAUGUACGUCACCGUGGAGAUGCAGAAGUUCCUGGGCUCCUACUUCAUCAUGUGGGACGACGAGAUGUUCGACGAGGAGCUGGGGGAGAGAGCCGUGGUCAACACGUCGGACCUGAACGAGGAGCUGGGACAGGUGGAGUACGUGUUUACAGACAAGACAGGGACUCUGACAGAGAACAACAUGGAGUUCAUCGAGUGUUGUGUGGACGGACACGUUUACGUACCUCAAGCUAUCUGUAACGGACAGGUGAUGCCUGGUGCAACAGGUAUGGACAUGAUCGACACAUCGCCAGGUCCCGGGGCCAGGGACCACGAGGAGCUGUUCUUCCGGGCGCUGUGUCUGUGCCACACGGUGCAGGUGAAGGAAGAGGAGACGGUGGACGGGAUCAAGCACGGCAUCCACCAGGGCAAGUCCACCUCCUUCUACAUCUCCUCCUCUCCGGACGAGGUGGCGCUGGUGGAGGGCAUGAAGAGGCUCGGGUUCACCUACCUGAGACUCAAGGACAGUCACAUGGAGAUCUUGAACAGGAACGAUGAGAUCGAGAGGUUUGAGCUGCUGGAUGUUUUGACAUUCGACUCAGUCAGACGGAGGAUGAGCGUCAUUGUCAGGUCCAGCACUGGUGAGCUCUAUCUGUUCUGUAAAGGCGCAGACUCCUCCAUCUUCCCCCGGGUCGUAUCAGGCAAGGUGGAUCAGGUCAGAGCUCGGGUGGAGCACAACGCAGUGGAGGGUCUGCGGACACUCUGUGUUGCCUACCGGCCUCUGAAUCCCGAGCAGUACCAGGAGGUUUGCCACCUGCUGAACGGGGCCAGGUUGGCCCUACAGGACCGAGACAAAAAGCUGGCCGAGGCCUACGACAUCAUCGAGAAAGACCUGAUACUGCUGGGAGCCACUGCUGUGGAGGACAGGCUCCAGGAAAAAGCGGCAGACACCAUCGAGUCUCUCCACAAGGCAGGCAUGAAGGUGUGGGUGCUGACCGGUGAUAAGAUGGAGACGGCGGCUGCGACCUGCUACGCCAGCAAGCUGUUUCACCGCAACACCCAGAUCCUGGAGCUGACCACCAAGCGCACCGAGGAGCAGAGCCUUCACGACGUCCUGUUUGACCUGAGCAGGACCGUCCUGAGGCAGCACGGAGGCAUGACCAGGGACACCUUCUCCGGUUUAUCAGGUGACUGUACGGACUACGGUCUGAUCAUCGACGGGGCCACCCUCUCCGCGGUGAUGAGGCCCACCCAGGAGGACUCCAACUCAGGGAACUACAAAGAGAUCUUCCUCGAAAUCUGCCGCAACUGCAGCGCCGUGCUCUGCUGUCGAAUGGCGCCGCUCCAGAAAGCACAGAUUGUGAAGCUGAUCAAAGCCUCCGAGGAGCACCCGAUCACGCUGGCCGUCGGAGACGGAGCCAACGAUGUCAGCAUGAUCCUAGAGGCCCACGUUGGCAUCGGCAUCAUGGGUAAGGAGGGUCGCCAGGCAGUGAGAAACAGUGACUACGCCAUCCCAAAGUUCAAACACCUCAAGAAGAUACUGCUCGUCCACGGACACUAUUACUACAUACGCAUCUCUGAACUAGUGCAAUACUUCUUCUACAAGAAUGUCUGUUUCAUCUUCCCCCAGUUCCUCUACCAGUUCUUCUGUGGCUUCUCACAACAACCGCUGUAUGAUACAGCCUACUUGACUCUGUACAACAUCAGCUUCACCUCGCUGCCCAUCCUGCUCUACAGUCUCAUAGAGCAGCACAUUAACAUGGACAUCCUGAAGAAGGACCCGUCUCUCUAUAGAGAUAUUGCUAAGAACUCUUUGCUGCAGUGGCGCAUCUUCAUAUAUUGGACCAUCCUGGGCGUGUACGACGCCAUCGUGAUGUUCUUCGGUGCUUACUUCCUGUUUGACAACACCACCUUCACCAGCAACGGACAGCUAAUGACAACCAACACACAGAUGAUGUUUGGAAACUGGACAUUUGGGACGCUGGUCUUCACUGUGCUCGUCUUCACUGUUACAUUCAAGUUGGCUCUAGAUACUCAUUACUGGACCUGGAUCAACCAUUUUGUCAUCUGGGGCUCACUGAUUUUCUUUGUGGUCUUCUCUCUGCUGUGGGGAGGAAUCAUCUGGCCCUUCCUCAACUACCAGAGGAUGUACUAUGUGUUCAUGCAGAUGUUGUCCAGCGGUCCGGCCUGGCUCAGCAUCAUCCUUUUAAUAGCAGCCAGUCUGCUGCCAGAUGUGCUGAAGAAGGUCAUCUGGAGGGCACUGUGGCCAACCACCACUGAACGCAUACAGAACGCUGACAAACUCUACAAGGGCCAGCUGUCCGAGUUCACCCCCCUGGCGUCUCUCCACGCCCCGUCCAAGGCUGUCCGCCACCGGCGAGGCUCGGGCAACCAAAGGAACGCCCCUCGAAGGUCUGAACCCUUUAGCAAGAAAACCAUGUUCACGCGCUGGCAAAGAACGCCAGACUACCGCACCUUCACCCCCCUCCUCCGAUUCGCCGACGGCUACCGCCACUCGAAGCAGGGAUACGCCUACAGCGAGGCGGGGCCAGAGACCUCAGUCUAAUUUAUUUCUAUUCUUACAUUCUGAUAUUAGAUACAUUAGAAGCUGAACUGUACGAUGGAGUAAUUUAAUAAGUCGGUCCAGGAGCUGACCAGAAAGUACCCGAAGGUAACUCAUUUAUUUAUGUCACUGGAGUCAAAUAGGUGACUACUAAUAGCAGAUAAUCCAUCUAUAAGGGAUCACAAUGAAAGUGACCUUCACAACAAGUCAGCAGCCAAGUGUGGCACAAAGCACUAUGGGACGGCUCUGGAAAGGACUCCAUCCACAGGGCCUCGCUCGCCGCCGCGGCGUGCAAAGGGCUCAGCGUACCGAUGUCACAACAAACUCUUAAAUCUCUGAAAAGAUGUGCACUGGCCCUUUACGUCUGCCUGCCUUUCAUAGCUGGCAGCCGAAGUGUACUUUAUAGGACUUUUUAAAUGACGUGUCGUGAUCGUGCUGCUGCUGCUGCUGCUGAUGAUGAAGACAGUAACAGUGCUUUAGCCAGCUGGAGCUUUCGCUGACCAAACAUUUUCUUUUCUUCAUUCCUACCAUCUCUCUCUCUCUCUCUGUCUGUUCUGCCUCUUUUUAGGACUAACUGGUGUUGCCUGUGUGCAAACCUCUUAUCCCGAAAUACUCCCUAGGACUCUCUACAGCACUGUAAGGACGGGCGUAGUAGAGCAGUAGAGUGUUGGAGACGUAGAUCUGAGGCGGUCUUUUUUUCUGUUUUAAUAUUAUGAAAGAAAGACCGACUUUAGCUGCUCAUCCAACACUUAAAGCUUUCCCAUGUAGGUAGUCUAGAGAGUAACUGGUGGAACAGAUAUGUGUGUGUCUGUGUGCUGCUAGCAGCUGUGUUAGUGUGUGUUGCAUUCAUCUCUGCAGGUUCUGUCUUAUUGUCUUUAAAGCACUUUAACUCUAGACCUUCUUCUUCUUAUAUGUAUCUAUAAUGCUAUAAACAAAGUUUUUAUGGCUUAGAAAUAGUAGAAAUUGCUCUAUGACGGCUUCCCAGCUGUUUCUCAAUGCCUUAAUGUCACCUUGUAAAUACCACAUUAUUAUUAUUAUUCUCAGAGACCUUUUACCAAAGAAACUGAAAGACAAUAUGACAUCUAGAUAAAGUGUGUGAUCCACAGGUUAUAUGUAAACACUUCAAAUGAAAGUAGCCAGCUGGAAAAAAUAUGAAAUUAAGUGGAAAUCUUUAAGGAAAUUAAAAAAAUAUGAUGGCAGAAAAAUGCAGCUCUCUAAAUGUGAUGUUUAAAACCUCAUGCAUGUCAGAGCUUUGAUUUUUAAUUGCAUAUUACUGUAUUUUACCUUACUCGCGUUCACUUUCCUCAAAGCACCUUAAAAAUGAACAGAGAAACGUGUCCUUAUUGAGAUAAUUGUAACACAACAAAAGGAUUCUAUUAAGUGCCCCAAACUACUUGAUGCCUUAAAUACACGUACAGUAUUUAUGAGAUUUGAUCGUUUGACAUCAGAAGUGUGGACUCCAGUCACAAAUUUGAUGACUUUAGACUCAACAUGGACUUGACCCUUUUGACUUGAAAAUACUUGAUACACCAGAUCCAUAUUAUUCGAACCAAUCCGACGACACCCAAUCAAGUUGCAGCAGAGAACCAUGAAGAACUAACGUUACGUUACUGAGCGCCAGUUGGAAAGAAAAUGAUACCAAAGAUAAUUUCUGUCACGUACAAAAACUAUAGGUCUGAAAAUGAAAGGCAGUCUGCAAAACAUGCGGAUCGUAAAUUACAGAUGGAGACGUAAAUGGCGUUACAUUUGGUGAAGAGCGCAUUAUGACUUGUUUAGGACUCAAAACUCAAAGUUCAGGUCUUGGGACUUGUCAGUCUUGAGUUGGGACUUGAACGCAAAGACUUGAGUCUUACUUGUGACUUGCAAAACAAUGUAAAUUCCCCAGAUGUCAAACUAUUUCUAGAGAUAUAAACUCCUAUGAUAGAAACGUUAUGCACCCAAAAGAAAUUUGGGUAUCAGACAUUCAUUCAUUCAUUUGUUAUUUUAUUCUAAUGGGAUUCUCUACCCCUUCACAGUGCAGUCUUUGAGAUCUGUCUCACACUUUCCUGCUUCAUCAUUUAUCCUGUUUAUCUUUCUCUCCAGCUGUCUGUCUCUCUCUCUUCUUGUCUUCCUCUCAUUCUAUGGUGAAGUGAUGCCGAUGUGGACGUUUUGCUACCUCUGUGAGAGCCGCCUCCACCCGUCUGAUCAUCCCCUCUUCUGCAUCUUCUCGGCCAUCCAUCUGUCCAUCUGUCCACUGAGUAGAAACAAUGUUUUUUUCUACUCUACUUUUACUAGUACUUCUCUGAAACCAAAGCCUUGUUGCUGCUAGAUCUACUUUUAGCUGCUUUACAGUAGGUGCCUUGUGGUUAGCUUCUCUGUCUCUGUCUUCGCUUGCUUUACGGUAAACUAAUAAUAGGCAUUUGGAUCGUACAGAUGAUGGAUGUGUGGAUGCAUGACUGAGGAGUGACUGAGAGAAUGGGUACGUGAGUGAAAUGUUUAUGUAAAAAUCAGUUUUACACAGGUAAUACUGUCCAAGGAGACUUAAUCGGAACAAACACAGCACUGAAAUAUUACAAGUGAUACGCGAUCGAUGUCCAGCUGAAUUACUUCUUGCACCAAAACAUUCAGUGAGUUACGUUGAAUAUCUGUUUUUUAAUCCAAAUGUUUUAUAUAUAUGUCCAAGAGGACAGAAUCUGUGUCUGAAAUGUUAUUUUUAUUCUUUUCUAUUAUGUGUAAUGUGUAAAAUUGAGUGGUCGGAGCACACUGGAAAGAUAUCAGUCGGAUGUUGUCAUAUUUGAAUGAGAUAGAAAACUUGAAGAGCUCUGUUUGAUUGAUCAGUGCUACAAACUGGGAUUUUUUUUAUAUAUAUAUAUAUUCUGUUGUUUCCAUUUUAUUUAACAUCUGACUUCUAGGAAUUCUGUUUUUUUUUAUUUCAAUAUUUAUAUCAGAUUACAGUAAAGCAAAGGGGUUCUCACAUUGUCCUAUUCUGUGGUAAAAUCCAGCUUCAUUUGCAUAUUAAAGGGUCACUUCAACCAAAUGACAACGCAUAAAAAAACAACUUUAGUUGCAUCCGACCAUGCAGAUUGGAACUACAUUCUACUAAAGAAGUCAAAUCCCAACUUUGUCAGACCCCUCUGCGUCACUUUUCGGUCGCAGUAAACACUUAAUGUUGCGAAGUAAACAAAAACACUUGUUUAGGAUUAGGCAAUAAAAACACUAUAGUUUGGUUUAAGAAAAAAUGGUUGGGCUUAAAACUAAGUUUGCACACUGAAGAUGAUGUGAUGCAACGGGACAUGAACAGCGGUCUCCUGGAUGAAAUCCUCGUGUUUGUUGGACCCACCCGCCCGGUGUGUCUUUUCACUCUUAAAGCUACGUCAUCGCACACCCAGCACACUUUCCCUGAGCGUUUAAUGUUGACGCAGAGCGGUUUACAUUGUAGUUAAUGGAAAGCACGGUGCGUCUCUAACCGAGCGUCGGUAUCUAGCGCCAAGGGCCGUGACAUAGCGUCGGUAUUUGACGGCCAAGGAAGUCCCAAUGUGGAUUACUGAUAUCUCACAACCAAAUAAAACCAAAACUAUCUGCAUGGAUACCUCAGGUUGAAAUAUUGCCUUGCAUGUAAAUGACCCACUGCAACAAAAGUGGCCUCAGAGCACCAGCCAUGUGGUAGUGAAUAAGUAUUACAGUCGUCCUAGUUUUGCAUUCAAAAGUCCCUCCGUCACAAUUGCAAAAUCCGUUAUUGGAAAUGAAAGUUUCUCUCUUUCUAUCCACAAACGAAAUCCUUUAUUGUGGGAGAAUCACUUCUAAUAACUCAUUUGGACCACGAACACAUAAGCCUUUAUUCUUUAUGAUUGAAGUCUGACUGAAUUUUGGCAUUUAAAAGCAUCUGAGGUUCAGAUAAUUAUUGCCAUAACCAAUCUUCUCUGUGUGAGGUCAUCUGUCGAAGAGAUAGUCAGGUACUUCCUGUUUCUUUGUCUGUUGGAGAGUAGUUAGCUACUGUAGUGUUUUUUUGUAUAUAUGUUAGAGAUCAUGUUACCUUUUUUUUACGCUCUGGAGACAGUAUUUGAUGUGUGUCUUAUUUAUGUAGAAAAGUAUUCGAACAACCAAACUGACAAAACAACACUGGACAUGUAUGUAUGUAUGUGUGCAGCUUUAAUGCUUAAAACAAGAGAUUAGAUACACCCCUGCACUGAACCGUCUGGUCUGGUUGACACUCUGCUGUAGAAACUUUCAAAGCCAUUUAACGGCAGAUUUACUGUACCGAUCGCUCUCGUCCUACUACUGUCCCGAUCUUUCAAGACAACCUAAACUGACAGCCUUCGAAAACAGAAUGUCAUCUUUCUCUUUUAUUAUUGUAUAGUGUUACAUUUCUCAUUAACCAACAGUAUCUAUAAAUCGCUGUACACUCAGAUGCAGUAUAUAUAUAUAUACAAUAUAUAAAUGUAGUUAUGUUAAUUGAUGUACAGUUUUGGGGUCUUUUUAUAUACAGUUUUUAACAGAGUCAUAUCGAGAUUUACUUGUGGAUUUUUGCCAACCUUUCUGUAGCAAUCGAUGGCAAAACUACUGUACAUUUGCUUGAAAAUAAAAGCCAGAAAUGGAAAUAUAAAAA